AAACCAUUUGUUUCCGUCCAAUCACAUAACUCCAUAUGCAUCGUCAUUGAAAUACACAAAAAACCAGAAAGUCUUCUCAAACACCGAAAAUGGAAUCUAAAUCCAACCGAUAGGAAUUGAAGACAAGAAAGAUUACCCAGGUAAAAAUGUUGGCAUUCGUGAAAUGCUUCUCGUUGAAGCGAACAAAGCUUCCUCCUGGAUAUGAGGACCCUCAUGUUCUUGCAUCCGAAACUCCUUUUACGGUGAAUGAGAUAGAGGCAUUACACAAAUUAUUCAAAAAGCUAAGUACAUCCAUUAUCGACGAUGGUACUCUUAUCCAUAAGGAAGAGUUUCUUCUGGCUUUGUUCAGAAACAGCAGUAUGCAAAAUCUCUUUGCGGACAGGGUGUUUUAUAUGUUUGAUAGGAAACGCAACGGCGUGAUUGAGUUUGGUGAAUUUGUUCGUUCACUAAGCAUCUUCCAUCCACACACUCCGGAACAUGAAAAGUCCUCGUUUAUGUUCAAGCUUUACGAUCUCCAUGGAACCGGGUUCAUCGAGUCCCAUGAGUUGAAGGAGAUGGUGGGCGCACUACUUAGUGAAACAGACUUAGAACUCUCCGAAGAAACAGUUGAAGCCAUCGUCGAACAGACGAUGCUUGAGGUUGAUACGAAUAAAGAUGGCAAAAUUGAUGAAGAAGAGUGGAAAGAGCUCGUCGCCAAGAAUCCUUCAAUCCUCAAAAACAUGACUUUACCUUACCUCAGAGAAGUGACUUUAGCAUUUCCAAGUUUCGUUCUCGACACCGAAGUAGACGACUAAAUCAGUUUCUCUGGCUCUUCCUCUUCUUCUGUAAACCGGUCCGGUACAACUACAAGGCUCAAAAUGAUUUGCAUUUUUUUGUUGUUAUUAUGUUUCACGUUCAGUUUUGUCACUGUUGACAGUUUUAUGAUAGACCAACCUCAAUGGUAAUCUUCAAGGGUCUAAAGCAUGGUUUUUAAUAAUAUAAUAGAAUAAAAAAUUUGUAAAGAAUAUCUAAAAUUUAAGAUUAGUAUCCAAAUUAGAAUUUUUUUUUGGGUUAAAAACAGCCACGUAGCAAGUUCUGAGUAGACACAGAG